CAAUAUCGAUAUCGUUUUGUUCAUAAUAAUAUUCAAUCUCUAAUACACGCACAUCUAUUGAGGUUAAGCACGUUGGUGUUUGUUAAAAAUAAUUAAACUAUUACAGUUACAGAUUUACAGUUUUGAAUAAACGAUUUGCAAUUUCUUGAUCUGAGUUUGAACACGAAUUAUUUUAUACAUCAAAUUCAACUACAGUUUACAGUUUGUAAAAAAUAUCAUAAAAACAUUCAAACUAAGGAUAUCACUCUACACCUUCAGUUAUGAAGAUGAAAAUUAAUAAGUCUGUGGGGAAGAUGAAGCCGUCAUCGUUGAUGAAAGUAAAGAAAAAGAAAUUGAAGAAAACUGCUCCAAAAAAUAACGUUGCCAAAAAAACCGCUUUUCAUAAAGCAAUUAGGAAUGGCAUACCAGAAGCCAAACAAGAUUCUGAAAGUGAAAAUGAUAGUGACGAAGAAAUGGAAAAUGAAGGCGAUAUUAGUGAAACAGAAAUGGAACUAUCGGGAGGUGGUCAUAAGAAAGAUUUGGAAAAAUUGAAGGACACGGAUCCUGAGUUCUACAAAUUUUUAAAAGAAAAUGACAAGUCCGUUUUCGAUUUUGAUCCUGAAGAUAGCGACAACGAGGAUGAAGAAAAAGUUCAUAGACCACCCGACAGCUUGGAGGUGAACAGCGAUGAAGAAGACUACGAAGCUGACGGGCAGGCCGCAGUUGCAAGUGGGUCGCGUAAACUGGUCACCCUAAAAAUGAUCUCAGAAUGGCAACAACAACUCUCUACUGACAAGUCGGUGAACACCAUAUCGUCAGUCAUCAAGGCAUUCCAUGCUGCUCUGCAGAGUGUUACCAAGGACACCGAUGAGGACUCAGUGCCUUCAGAAUACAAAGUUGUUGGCAGUGCAGUAUUCAACGGAGUUGUGCAGUUGUGUGUACUCGAACUGCAGCCAGCCCUCUUGAGGUUUCUCAAAAUCUCCACAGAACACGGCCAGUUGAGCAGAGCGCAGCCGGCCAAAUCGAAGAAUUGGAAGAAGCUCAAACUCCCUCUCAGAGAUUAUUUCACGGAUUUAUUGAAGUUGCUAGGAGGUGUUACCUCGGAUCACAUCCUGUGUGUUAUGCUGAAGCACCUGCAUCAGAUGACCUGCUUCAUCGCCUACUAUCAGCAGAUAAUCAAGCAACUGCUGCGUCGUCUGGUGUCGAUGUGGUCGGAGAGUAGCGACGAAACUGUCAGAGUUCUCGCUUUCCUCUGCAUUCUUAGAAUCACAACCACACAGCUCAAAAAGUGGCUGGAGCCCGUGCUCAAGCUGAUGUAUUCGGCGUAUGUGUCGAACAGUAAGUUUGUGUCUCCAAAUACAUUGCCGGGAAUCAACUUCAUGAGGCGCUGCCUGACAGAACUGCUGACUCUCGAUGCGGGAGUCACCUAUCAGCACGCCUUCCUCUACAUUCGGCAGCUGGCAAUUCAUUUGCGAAAUGCCAUUACCCUACAUAAGAAGGAGUCUAUCCAAGCAGUUUAUAACUGGCAGUUUGUAAAUUCACUGAAAUUAUGGACAGAUACACUGUGCGCAACUCACAGCAAAUCUCAAAUGCAAUCAUUGAUUUAUCCACUGGUGCAGAUAAUCAUUGGGUGCGUGAAAUUGGUGCCUACCACGCGAUACUACCCUCUGAGGUUUCACUGCUGUCAAAUGCUAAUCGAUCUAUCCAGAGCGACUGCAACUUUCAUUCCAGUUCUGCCAUUUAUCUUGGAGGUACUAACGCAGACAAAUUUCGAAAAAGGGCACAAAAAGGUGUCGAUGAAGCCGAUGGACUUCACUUGCGUUCUGAAGUUGUCGCAGUCACAAAAGCUGGAGAAUGCCUUCAAGGACGCCACCAUUGAGCAGGUCUACCGGCUGACUCUGCUCUCUCUGGCCACCGAAUCGCAUCGCAUGAGCUUUCCCGACUUGGCCCUGCUGCCCAUUCUCCAUCUGAAAAACUUUGUGAAGACUAGUAAGAUGAGCAAGUACAUUCAGAAGCUGAGAGGUGCAUUGAACAAAAUCAUUGAGAACUCGAAAUUCAUUGAAAAUGAAAGGAAGAAGUUGACGAUGAAUUUGAAUGAUACAAAAGCGGUUGAAGCAUGGGAGAAGACAAUACUAGCUAAGGGAACUCCACUCAACACGUUCUGUACAUCGUUGAUGAAAAUUGUUGCUCAACAAGAAGCUAAAAACGCUACAGACAAUGAUAAGUUGGGCCACUUUAAACUCCCGGUAUUGAAGAAAGGAGAAAAGAAGAGAAACAGAGAAGAUAAAGAAGUGAGAAUACCUUUGUCGGACAGUGACGAUGAUGAGGAUGAAUCGGCUCUUCUCAGGAUGGAUGGAGAACCAGUUCAAAAAAAGCCAAAAGCUUCAAAGAAAACAGUCAAUUUGGAGGAAACUAGGAAGAAGAAGAAAAUUAAGAAGAAUAUGACCUUGAAGAAUGCAAAAGAUGAUGACGAUGACUCAGUAAUAGAUAGAGAGGAUGAGAUUGUAGAUUUUGAUGUAAAUGAUUUUUAAAUAUUUCAAUUAAGAUUGCUAUUCUUGUGAUGUUAACCGUCUUUUCAUUUGAAAAUAUAAUAUUAAUUUACAAAAACAUAAUUCUAUGUAAAUUUAAA